AUGCCCUAUCUCAUUGUAUUAAGCGCUAAAAUCACGCAUUCGAAAACACAUCAGUACGCCACUGACCAGGCGUGCCCAUGCGGUACCCGCGCCGACGUCGAUAAAUCUCGCCUGGAGUCGGGUACCACCUCGAGUACCGUCCGGCCAUUGGCGCGGCCGCUUCCAGCAUCCAUGCUGGGCUGGGAGGAGUUUUCUCAGCGCUCUCCGUCGCCGCCGACGCCCGGCCGCGAAUGGCAGGCCGGCGUACCGACGCCGACGACGCCCGGCCGGGUUCUGGUGGUACUUUUUCCGCGCGGAAAAUCGCGCGGUUUGGAUGUAAUGGAGCUGGAAAGUCGAGGGAAUUGUUGGAUGGUGAAUGGCGAUCGAUGCGAGAAAGUAGUACCGAAUUAA